GAGAGCCAUUGCAUACAGAUGAGUCGUCAGCCGGUCUGAGCUGACCCACAGACUCAUAAAAACGAACAGGGCCCCGGGCCCGGUCACCUGGGCCAUCCAAACUCUUGAACCAAAGGUGCAAGGACUCGCUCACAUCAAGGACCCGGCUGCUUUCUCGGGGACCAAGAAACUGAGCUUUUGUCUCUGUGUUCACGCUGGCAAUCCAUGAGGUUUAAUAGAUUACAUUGGGAAAUUAGGUCUGUGAAAAAGCAGGCAGUCAGCUCAGACGGGCAUCAGUCAACAGCAGAGCUGGAAUUCAAGUCUGACUCCAGACCACGUGUUUCAAGGCCAGAGGCUCCGGGGAGCCUGCACACGCUCUCCAGGUCAGGUGUUGACAGAAAGAAUGUUCAAACAUCUUCAGAAAUGGUGUGUCACUCACUUUCUGGGGCAUUCUCAGCGAAGAGCAAGGCUGGUCUCCAAAGAUGGAAGGUGUAACAUCGAAUUUGGCAACGUAGAGGCACAGUCGAGGCUGAUAUUCUUUGUGGACAUCUGGACGACUGUGCUGGACCUCAAGUGGAGAUACAAAAUGACCAUCUUCAUCACAGUCUUCUUGGGGAGCUGGUUCCUCUUUGGCCUCCUGUGGUAUGCGGUCGCCUACAUUCACAAAGAUCUCCCUGAGUUCCAUCCUUCCGCCAACCACACCCCUUGCGUGGAACACAUUAAUGGCCUGACUUCAGCUUUUCUGUUUUCUCUGGAAACGCAAGUGACCAUUGGCUAUGGAUUCAGGUGUGUGACGGAACAGUGUGGCACUGCCAUUUUUCUGCUUAUCUUCCAGUCUAUCCUUGGAGUCAUCAUUAAUUCUUUCAUGUGUGGUGCCAUUUUAGCCAAGAUCUCCCGACCCAAAAAACGUGCCAAGACCAUUACUUUCAGCAAGAAUGCAGUUAUCAGUAAACGGGGUGGGAAGCUCUGUCUCUUGAUCCGAGUGGCUAAUCUUCGGAAGAGCCUCCUUAUUGGCAGUCACAUAUAUGGAAAGCUUCUGAAGACCACCAUCACUCCUGAAGGAGAGACCAUUAUUUUGGACCAGAUCAAUAUCAACUUUGUGGUUGACGCGGGGAAUGAAAAUUUAUUUUUCAUCUCCCCACUGACCAUUUACCAUGUCAUUGACCACACUAGCCCCUUCUUCCACAUGGCAGCAGAAACCCUUCCCCAGCAGGACUUUGAAUUAGUGGUGUUUUUAGAUGGCACAGUGGAAUCAACCAGUGCUACCUGCCAAGUCCGGACAUCCUAUGUCCCAGAAGAGGUGCUCUGGGGCUAUCGUUUUGCUCCCAUAGUGUCCAAGACCAAGGAAGGGAAGUACCGAGUAGAUUUCCAUAACUUUAGCAAAACAGUGGAAGUGGAGACGCCUCACUGUGCCAUGUGCCUUUACAAUGAGAAAGAUGCUCAAGCCAGGAUGAAAAGAGGCUAUGACAACCCCAGCUUCGUCUUGUCCGAAGUCAGCGAAACAGACGACACCAAAAUGUAA